AUGGAGGAUCAACCGAGCACUAGCGCAAAGCGUAAGUCGGACUCCGUGAACGACAACGAUGAUAAGGAGAACACUCCGGGGCCCUCGUGCGCCAAAUAUUCGGGCCCCGUUACCCGGAGCCGCACCAAGAGACCCCGUUUCGUCUCGAUGGUGGGACGGAAGCUGUGCUGGUGCACCGGAACGCCGGGCGAAGUCCGUCCGAACGACGGGCCGAAUGCGUGUCCGUGUGGGGGACGAAGCAGCGAAGGGGAUUCGCAUAUGGCCAUCAAAUGGCUGAAGCUGCCGGCAGGUACGACGUUCGCCGUGCAGCCGCAGUCGUGGGUGACCCUCGACGAGUUCUCCGAGCAGGCCGAGGCCGGAUUGGAUGACGACGGCGACGAGAAUUUGUUGCGAAAGCUACUUUCGGAUAAGGAACUCCAAUGCCGCCAAAUCGUAGAUGGAUUGAGGUACAUGAGGAGAAGAUACUAUGGCGCAGUGAAGGAACUAGAGUUCAUCAAGCAAAACCCGACAAGGUCGUUGUCCACUUACAACGCCUCCGUGUGGCUGAACCAGCAUUUCCAAUGGACAAGAAGGUUCAGAACAGUCCUGCAGGACACCUUCCACAUUUCCGACUUCCGUAGACAGCAAACUGAAAUAAUUAAUUUCACUAUGUGCAGAAUGGACGUUGUGGCAGUCGUGCCCUCUUCCGUGGGCAAAAGCAUUACGUUCCAGCUUCCUGCGUCCGUGUCCAGCAUGUUCACGUUGGUCAUUGAGCCGAACGAUGCCGUAAUCGUCGACCAGCUGAUCCUCAUGAGUAGCCUGAACAUACACUGUGCUGGUGUGAUUGAGGGAACAUCGGGUCAUGAUAUGGACAUAAUCGAGAACUUCAUGACUGGCAGGAAGCCUCUCCUGUUCAAAAUUCUUUACGUCAAACCGUCGGUGUUCACCAGGGACAAUUUCCUGGAUAAGCUUUACACUGCUUACGAAAUUAACAACUUGGAUAGAAUUGUAAUUGAUGAAAUGCAGUGCUGUUCACCGCACAGCCAUGACUUCCGACAGGAGUACAUAAACAUUUACACCUUAAAGAGACGAUUACCAAACGUCCCCAUUUUGGCGAUGACUUCUGCGGCCCCCAAGAAGGUGGUGGAGGACUGCAAAGAAUUACUACGUCUAACACAAGCUGUAGAGGUUUCAGCCUCCUUUAAUAUGGCCAACAUAUUCUACAGGACCUUGUACAGACCAGACACCAUUGAGGAUCAAGUUGGUUUCUUCACUUCACUCCUGGCAACUGCUCCCAACAAAACGGGGUUGAUAUUCGUGUACAACGAUGAUGAUUGUGUUGGCCUCGCUCGUCGCUUGAGGGAAGCGAAAAUAAAUGCCAGAGCUUACCACGGUGGGCUAUCCUCGGCAAUCAAGAAGAGUAUAUACAAGGACUGGAUCAGUGGUGUUGAUGACAUACUCGUUACCACAUCAGUUUUGGGCAUGGGAAUUGAUUUUAAGAACACAUACUUCGUCAUUCACGCGUCAACCCCAAAGAACUUGUCUGUCCUCUACCAAGAGAGCUGCAGGAGUGGCAGAGGAGGCAGGAAAGGCGUGAGCUUGCUGUUGUACACUAUAGAGGACAUUUUCGAUGAGCUAGCAAAAUGCAUGAAUGAAUAUAGGGACCCAACUGAGUACAUACAAAUGCUCCGUUACUGCACCUACGUGAACUCGUGCCGUCGCAAAUGCCUGGCCGAGUAUUUCGCCGAAGAGUACGUCACAGAAAUAUGUCGGAACAUGUGUGACGUUUGUCGUUCGCGGUCUGACGACACAGUCGAAUUCCUGACGGUGUGGUACGACGUGUGUCCCGUACUACAUGACUUCCACGCCAUCCUGGGUCGCUAUGGCAGGCCACUGAGUAUGAACACGCUGGUUGAUAUCUGGUCCGAGACAUCCAAUACGAAAAUAUCACACAUGGAGACCUUGUACAUCGCCAGCUAUUUCAUAUGCGAGGGCUAUUUGAUCCCUGCCAAGGGAGAGGAAAACAGUGGUUUUUCCGUUAAGUUUGCGGAAAAAUUCAAUAGCAAAGAUCACAUCAAGAUGUGCUUCGCCUUCCCGUUCUAUCUCGACGGCUUUACUGUGGUUAUUCCGCCCUCCCGUGCUCCGGUCAAGAAGGGACGUGAGCUAAAUGUAGUUUAACGACAGUAAGAAUUUACCACUGCAUAGAAAUUCCCGUUUACAUUUUGAUUUUCAUUGCAAUUGUUAUUUUUUAGUUAUG